UUGAGGAUUCAUCAUCAUCAUCAUCAUCAAUCUCUGCGAAGCGAUUAGUGCUAAGAGUGCAGCAGCUCCGUUGGCCGUACCGACAGCGUUGUCAACCGCACCAACACAGAUCAGUGGGACGGGCGCGGUAUCAAGAAGGUCAACUAGUGAAUUAGAUAGCUUGCAACGCGGUCACAGGGAUAAUUAUUCCGCGUUCAUCCAUUCACUGUUGUCACGACGACGGCACGUUAUACGAGAUGGACAUUUGCGACGACGUCAGCGCCAAGACAACGACCCCGACUACUGUCCUGCAGGGCUUUGUCCACUCCGAAACGCGGGACAUCAUCCAGGAGAACGUCUACGUCAUCUUGGGCCACGGCAAGUUCCAGAUGCAGGUCCUGCACUGCGCAAUGUUCUCCGUGGUCGUGCUGCUGCUACACGCGUUCGCCUACCGCGUCAUCGGCCGUUCCGUGGACCACUGGUGCCGGCCGCCCGACUAUCUGCGCGACAUGCCGGUCCAAGAGUGGAAGAACGUGGGAAUCCCCGUGCUGGCCGACGGCAGCUUCAGCAAGUGCACCGUUUACGACCCGCCGCUUCCGCCUUUUCUCUCGCUGUUCCCACAGGAAGGGAACGAAGAGGAACGCCGCAAAGUUCCCUGCCACCGGUGGGACUACGACAUCGCGAACAAGGCAGACAGCGUUGUCAGCCGCUGGGACCUGGUGUGCCAGAACCAGUGGCUCUACUCGCUUUCUUCGUCCGUCUACACGCUGGGCGCGGUGCUGUUCGUGCCACUGGCCGGCGUGGUUUCGGACCGCGUGGGACGCAGGCCGACCAUCAUGGCGAGCGCCAUCACCAUGCUUUUCUCCUGCCUCGGCGCGGGUUCGUCGCCGUCCUUCGGCGUGUUCCUCGUGGCCCGCUUGAUGGUUUCGGCCUCGGCCAGUGCCACUACCCUGCUGGUGUUCAUCGUACUCUACGAGGUGACGGGCAACUAUCGACGCGCCCUCUACGGUCUCCUGAGCACAGGCGUCGGUCCCACCGUGACGCCCGCUGUGUUGCAGGCCAUGUCCCUGUUCCGUCCUAACUGGAAGGUCUCGCAGGCGAUGCUCGCCACUGCCACGGCGCUCGUGGUCGCCUGGUGCUACUGCAUCGACGAGUCGCCCGUCUGGCUCCUGGCCGUCGGCAAUAUUCGCCAAGCGGAGCUCACCGUUCUGCAGGGAGCCAGGUACAAUGGCGUCGACCUUGGGAAAGCCAGGGCCUCAUUCAAGGCCUUCAGGAAGCAACUCGAAAGGCCGGACGUGGCCGCGUCUGCCGGACCCGGGGACGGCGGCAGCCAGGAGAACGUGCUGCGCGUCGUCAAGUUUCGUCGGCGAGCCGCGUCCGUGCUCCUGUCCUGGUUCGCCGUUUCGUUCGCCUACUAUGGCACGUCCUACAGCGCCAUGUACAUGGAGGAGCACUGGGAGUUGACGGGUCUCCUUCUCAAGGCGCUGCUGUUCGCCGCCGUCUACGACAGCAUGACGAGGCGGGGCCAGCGGGCGACUCUGUCCGGCGUGCUCCUGCUGCUCUGCGCGUCGAGCGCCGUGAAGACGGCCGUCGUCGCGUGGAACGUCAGCGUUGCCGUCCCGCUGCUCAAGAUAGUGGUCGAGGCCGUCUCGGCUGCCGCCGUGUGCGUCACCUACAUUUACACCGCCGAAGUUUUUCCCACCACCAUGCGGAGUAGGGGACUGUGCGUGUCACACACAUUGGGCCGCAUGGGCGUGCUACUGGCAACGUGGCUCAGUUACGUCGCCUACCACGGCGUCUCGCUGUGGCUGAACCUAGUGACGACGACUGCGGCCUUUGCGAGCGCACUGGCGAUUCAGUGGCUUCCCGAAAUACUCAUACAGAGGAGGAAGAAGAAGGGUGAGUCCGCGCCUCCUAAACCGUCGGCCACGGUAGAAGAUCAGCGGGAGGAAGCCCCCAAGACGACCCUAGAAGAGGAACAAAGAGCAGUUAAGUGUGAAAGCGGUGGUAGCCCGAGUGGAUCGUCUCCAUCGAAGGCCGAAUCGCCGCCGGGCAUAGCGCGGGCAGAGCUCGUGACGCGGUCUUCCGCGAUAGCGACGCCUUCGCCGUCGUCGCGAGGUUCGCCGCAAUGCGAAGCGUCGCCGACGGCGGCGCGUCGACACCGCAUAACCAGUGCCGGCAAGAAAAGUCCCAAGCGCCGGAAAGGCCGCUCAGGCACUCCGUCGCCGUCGAGGUCGCCGCGGUCAUGA